CGGAUUUAAUGAAUGAUUGAGAUGCAAGCGUUAACAACAAUAUUAUACAAAUACAAUGACAAAAACAGGCAAAGGCGUGCGGAGACGGACAAGAAAGGCCAUAGCGGGACGGGAACGAACAGGGGAACGGGAGAUGCGAGCGGCGGUCAAUCCGGCAGCGGCGGUGGAACCAAUGGCCAGACGGCGUAGAAGGGCUGCGGCGGAAACGGCGCCAGUACGAGAUCAGGCACCAACCCCGGUUCCUGGGCCAGAACCAGAGGCGGCACCCGCAGCAGCGCCACCUGCAAAGCGUCUACGCGCAGACAAGAGCGCCGGAAAUGAAGUCAGUGAAAUGGACGGAAAACUUGAAAUGCAUGGUGGUUUGAAUGAGAGCGAAGUCGAAGAGAUUGCAUCACAUUUACAAGAUGGCAGAUUAGUUGAACUUAGCAAAUCUUUUCUCAUGAGAAUAAAAAAUUGUUCCGACCUAACGAACAAGGGUGGUGGUUUCGGUAAAAUAUAUAUUUCUCGCGUUCCUAUUCCUGGAUUCAAACACAGACUUGUCCUAAAGGAAAUUGGAGGAGAUAAUGAGAAUUCAAAAUCUCAGACGCAACUUUUCGGGUCCGUUAAAAAUGAGAAGCUGGCAUCACGCGUGAGACACUUUGCUAUCGUUCCACUGUUGGCAUACCACGAUGAUCUGUCGAUAGGUGUAUGUUACUUGAUUUCACCGUAUUUUGAAAAUGGUGAUCUGUUCGAUGCACUUCGAUCCGACAACGGAGACAACGUUCUUCUUGACUGGAAAACAAGACUGAAAGUGAGCUACCAGAUAGCAUGUGGAAUAGACUACAUGCAUACAAGUAAUUCGUUUCGGGGAACCAUUCUACAUCUGGACAUCAAGUCAAAGAACAUCGUGCUUGACAACAAAUUCAACGCUAGGUUGAUAGAUUUUGGCUUGUCAAGGGAGUCAAUGACAGGAAGCAAUAUAACAACAGCGCCUUUAGCAGGAACCGAAUUAUACCGUCCACCAGGUGUUCACAAAACGAGCCCUUUACUGGAUUAUUAUGCUUUCGGUGUUGUUAUUCGGGAAAUAUUAACCGGCCUAGGUCCUGAGGGACCAUGUCGUUCUCAGACACCACUGGGACGGUUGGACAUGGUGAAUUUUGAAGAUGUGAUACAGAGACGCAUAUGGACAAUUGAUUAUGUCUGGAAGAGUGUGUCCAGUAUAGCAAGUCAAUGCAUAUCUAGCGUAGAUGAUGACGAAACAAGUGGCCAAAUAUCAUCAGCUUUAAUACGCACAUCAUUGAAGUCGAUUUUAAUCAAAGAAUCAAUACAAAAGUGGUCGGUCUUAGAUGACAAUAACUGCGAAAUAUGUAUAGUUAAUGGACAAUUGGAAAAAGAAGAUAUUUCCUUUCGCCGAAUAUCAGAAAUAAAUCAUUCUAACUGCGCAACAAAAAUCAAAAUAUGUUGUGCCUGCAUGAGGAAUUCGUACAUAAAUCCAGUAAAGUGUCAGGAGUGCGAUAACGAGAUCAAAUCUAUCAUAGGAGAUGGAUGGGGCGCCAUUUUAAUAGCUGGAUUCGACGAAGACAACGAUUCGUUUCGAAAUGAUGUGAUGAUGUUUGCACAAGCUAUAUCAUCGAAAGUUCUACCAUCGAUGUGUGUAAGCACUGUGAUCACAAUUGAUUCGACAACGCAAACAUCAAAACCUGUGUCAGUCCGGAUUGAUGAUGCAUUUAAGACGAUUAUGAGACACAAUGUUCACACGUUGGUGUUUCUCUACUCAGGACACCACGGCAACGACGGAUUUAAAGUUGGCAUGAAUGAAUAUGUCAGCAUGCAACACAUUAACAGAAAAAUACAAGAAUGUACACACGUUGAAAAAGUCAUAGCAUUCGUGGACUGUUGCCAGCCAGAAAUAUUCAGAGUAAAAGAAGAACGACGUCUCAUUCAAUUUAACGCAACUGCGAGUACGGAUACGGCCAUAUCUUUACGAAACGAAGGAAGUCCGUUUACGAAGUUGUUGGUACAGGCUUUCACGAUGAAAGCUUCAGGUGGCAAAUGUGCUUUGCCGCAUUGUGAAUGUCGCAUAGAGGGACCCUUUAUAACAAUAGAUUUAUUAUCGCAUUACAUUGAGAUACACAGACAAAACGGACUUCUACGUGGCAUGGAACCUGACAAGAGCUUGAUCAAAAUUAAUUGGCAAAAUGAAUGCCUUGCCUACAAUUACUCAUACAAAGUGGCAUUUCGUUUCGACAUUGUACUUCCUGAACCGUUUACGUCAAAACACACAUACGAGGUUCUGGCAACAACUGUGAACGACUAUGAUGCCCUGAUACAAACGAUCCUAUUUCCGAGAUUUGCUGACUUAUUGGGAGAACAACUUAAUGUGCAUCAAAAGUCAAUGUCACAUGCAGACAAAAAUGCCGAUUGCUUGUGCAUUGUUUAUGAUACGGGUCCCAAAUGUUGUGAAGAAGUAGACAACAUUGAAAAACUUGUGCUUGCUUGGAACUCGAAGCGUUUGUUGUGCUGCAAGCUACGAUUCUCACUGACAGGCAAUUGUCAUAAACCGUCCGGUUUUUUCUUGAAAAACGGUAAAUCUGUCAAGGAUUGCAUGCACGAAAAGAAAGAAUUUGAGUUGACAGAAAUGGAGAGUUUCAUAAAGGAUUUACAAGAUAAAAGGAAUAAGUGCGACACUGACACAGAACAAGCGUUAACCGUUUUCAUUUCAAACAUGUCUUCAUUUAUUCAUGGCUGCAAAUGGAACAAGCUGAAGCAUCAAAGAAUACAAAUUCGCUUCAUUGAUCUCUUUGAUGAAUGUACAAGCUGCGUGGUUCAACUUUUGCUCGUCAAUCCAGUGGACAUGAAUGGAAUGGACAAAUGCUCGGAGCAUGGUAAAGGAUUCGAGUUUUACUGUGAAGAUCAUUUCAAGCUCUGCUGUACUACCUGCGUUAUAGCACACCGGAAGUGUGACAAAUUGGAUGACAUAGCCAGCAUUUCAAGGCAAAAAUUAGCACAGCUGCACGGAUUGAAACAAUCCUUGUUAAAAUUGAAAUCCGAUGCUGACGCUAUUGUUGCCGAAUGUAAGCAGUCAGAAAAAGAGUUGAAUGCAUCAGUUGAAGACGUAUCCAAAGAUGUCAACGAAAUGACAGAUCGAAUGAUAAAACUCUUUGACGCUGCGAAACAAGAAUUGCUUACCGAAGCAAACGCUUUAAAGAGUGAAGAAGUGAAGAGACUUAGUAUAAUGCAAUCUGUCUCUACAAAAAUUAUGGAAGAAAUAAAUCAACUGUUUCCAAUGUGGUCUUCUAUUGCAGACCUAGGUUCACCUCAGCAAAUGUUUAUAUUAUCUAAACAGGUUGAGGAGAAAAAUAAAAAUAUCGAAUCCAUAAUAAAAGAACAACGAAUUACGCACGUUUCAUCAAAAGUGGCAUUGUCGUAUACGGGAAAGCUGUCGUCGAUUCUUGAAAUGGGAAAACAAUUCAUGAAAGUGAAUUUGGAACGAAAAGGAAAUCCCAGUUCCAUCAGUUCACUAUCCCAGUCGAGGCCAGUCACCCUGGAGCUGAUCGUGUCAUUGAAUCUACCAAAGUCUGAAGAUAAUGAAAACGAACCUUUGCUCUCUGGACUAGACUUCCUGUCGGACGGAAGACUGGUAGCUGUGGAUAACCAGAACUGCAAAUGUAUGAUACUUAACGAAGGGCUGAGGAGACUCGGAACACCAUACACGUUCAAGUUAUCCCCCAAAGAUACGCCAACACAAAUGGUCGUGAGUACGAUCGAUGAUAUCCGUAAUGUUAGAAUGAUAUCUGUGGACGGAGUUGAGACGGACUUUCAGCAAGUGGAGUUUCCAAAUAAGACGUAUAAAUUAGGUGAUAGUUCGAGUACGUAUGUCCAGUCCAAGAACACGUUAGUACUGACUGACAAGCGAGCUCACACAGUGUACAUGUACAACACUGUGAAGGGCACGUCUAGAGCAGUCACUAAUGGGAACAUACAGAAACCACGUGGUGCCUGUGUCGGACCAGGUGAUACGGUCAUGGUGUGCAAUGAAAACAUGAACUCCGUUGUGCACCUGACUGUAGACGGUGACUUCCUGUGUACAUACCCCGUGGAUAUGGAGUUCCCGUUAAGCAUAUGUGUGUCUAGGGAUAGGACUAGGCUGGCGGUGUCCAACAACGCUCAAGGUGACACAAAACUUCAUCUAUAUAAAAUACUACCCACACUCAUUAACUAG